AGAACAGAGGCCCAUUCUACCCAGCAUACACAUUUGCACAGAGCAGGGUCCUCAGGCCUCCGCAAUGUUGGCCCCUGCCUCCGGGCCCCACCUGCCUCCUUACCUGCUGCUGGCUCUGCUGUUGGGACUCACAGGUGUGUCAGAUGAGACGGAACUGCAGGUGAUCCAGCCCGAGAAGUCGGUGUCUGUCACAGCUGGAGAGACAGCCACUCUGCACUGCACCCUGACCUCCCUGGUCCCCGUUGGGAAAAUCAGGUGGUUCAGGGGGACAGGGCCAGACCGGGAGUUAAUCUUCAGUUUCGGAGGAGGCCACUUUCCCCGCGUAACAAAUGUUUCAGACGCCACAAGAAGAAACAACAUGGACUUUUCCAUCCGCAUCAGUCACAUCACCCCAGCAGACGCUGGAACCUACUACUGUGUGAAGUUCCAGAAAGGGGCCCGUGAGGUAGAGUUUAAGUCUGGACCAGGCACCCAGGUCACCGUGAGCGGAAGGAGAGCUGGCAGCCCGGGAAAAGACCUAGAACUCUCUCCUUCACUCUUGGUGGCUCUCUCCCUGGGCCCCAAGCUGCUGCUACUCGUCUUUGUCUCUGCCAUCUAUGGCCACAGGAAGCGAUGGAUUGACUGUGAGUCAUGGACAAGGAGGACAGAGCCAGGUGACCCAGGAGGAAAAUAGCACCGAGGACAUAGGAGACACGUGGAGAACAUUUCUGGAAUGAUGCGCAGAUAAUGAAAUGUGAACAUGGGUCCACGGCUCCUUCCUUCCUCCCCUGCUACAUGCCAUCCUCGGUCUCUGCUGCCUCCUUCCUUCCCUGAGGGGCCCAGCCUAAGACAAGGAACAACUAGAAGCUUCCACAACCCUGCCCCAGAUGCCUGCUUCCCCAGAGACCCACCUGCCCACAGUUCCUGCUGCUCCUCUCCCAGUCCUUGAUGACCCCAGAGCUAGUCUUCAUACCUGGUCGUGAGCAGGGUCCAUGGGAACGUACUCUGGAAACUGACACACGGGUAUCUUCCUAGAAUGUGAGAAACAAGUCACGUGUACGUGUACCAGGCUAUCUCUCAUCCAUUUCCUGGGGACCGUAGCCAUUAAGUACACACUCAAGGCCGUGCUCUCGUGGGCCAUUCCUGCCAACCCCCAGACUCGCCAGCCUCAGUGAGGUUCUCCAAUGCCUCCUGAAUGCAAAUGAAUCCCAUCCUGGGUGGAAGAAGAGAAAUGAUUCUCCUUCUGCUUUGCCUACAUGUCCCUCUACUCAAAGUAGAGAGGUUUCCUUCCUCUCUCUGUGACGGGGACACCAGCUCUCCAUUCAGCUUCAUCUUUCCUGAUCCCCCGCUCGUGUAUAGGUGCUGGCAGUCCUGAAACCUGGACCCUUCCCUGGUUUCCUUCUUUAUACCCCGUGUUCAAUUCUGCCUUCAUAAUGCUAUGUCCAGUGGUGACAUGGUAAAUGUUCAACAAUCCACUUCUCAGGAGGAAAAAGAAGCCUGAUUUGUAGUGCUUGUCCACUUCUGCGGUGUCUACACUUCCAAUGCGGCCAAUUUCAAGCUGCCAACAGUGGAACAACUAGCUUGCAAAAUUCUUGGAAAGCUCUCAGGAGCGAGGGCAAGCCUCCUCCCGCCCACCAGGGAGCUCCACCCAGCACCUGCACACUGCUCGCUCCCGGGCUGCCCCCUGGUCCCAGCCACCAGCAUCCCUUCUUGGGCCAUUGCCACGUGCCUAACAGACUCUCCGGGUUCCGCCACAGUGACCCUUUGGAAAUGGAGGUCAAAUUGUCUCCCUUCUGUGCUUCCUCCCCCUACAGAUGUGCACGGCUUGGUCUCUCCCCCUUUCAAGCUCUGCUGACCAGUCACUUUAUGAAAAGCACCUUCCUUAAACCACCCACAUAAAAUACCAAUUCCUGUCUCUCACUGUGUGUUUUCACAGCUCAAACCCAAACUGAGUUGUUUCCCUAGAACUUAAGAUCAGCUGACACGAUAAAUGGAGACAGUGCUCACUUUGCACAGUGACGCAGGACUUAGGCAAUGACAGCGCCACUGAAAGCAAGCGAAGUGAUCUCAAUAAUCAGAGGGGAAAAGUAACAAUUUUUCUGUGACCUUUAAAAACUUCUUUCAACACAUUAGAAGCCCUCCAACUAUCAGUUAGGAAUGUAUAAGGACAUGAAAAAAGAAAAGUAAAGCUGUUAUUCAUUUGGUAUGGGGUCAUUGUAAACAUUAGAAAUGUUGAAAAGGGAAGUGUUUUAUCUUUUGUAAAGACUUAUCAAGAGUAGUUUGCAGAGGGCUUGCCUUCUUCUAACCACAGUGUCACUCCUUUCUCAGUUGGGAUCAGUUUCUAACAUUCCAUCCCUUGCACUUCCAAUGCUGCGAUAUCUUUACAAUAUUAAUGUGAAUAUAUGCUGGUGUCACUCCCUCCGGGACAUUCCCUGUCCCCGCCCCCACCCCCAGCCCCACCUCCUCAGGUACGUGGUAAGUUUAU